AUGCGCCAAAAGUGCAACGAUCGUUGCUUCUCUCCUUUUUCUUUUAUUAAGGAUAUUGAGACAAAGGAAUAUCUCUCUUUGGACCAAAAAAUUGAUCUUAUUAUUGAGACUCUAAGCAAGAAUUACGAAAAGGAAAAUUCUAACCACAAAAUAUCAUACCCGACGUGGGUUAGAAAGGAUAAAACCAAGAUCCUUCUUAAUGCUCUUAAUAUUUCUCCUUCUGAAUCGUUGGAACUUUUUCCUGAUUUUGAGGAACUGGAACGAUUUCAGUCUUGCUUGGGAUAUUUAUGUAGUAGUUUUGAGAGAAAUGAUAUUCAAGCAUUAACUUUAAAUUUACAGAAUGCGGUACAGAUGAUGCAACAAUAUUCGUUAGAGUGGAAUGCAUCGUCUGUUUUGUCAUUAAUUUCUUCCUUAUGCCAAACAAAAAACAUUCUAGCCUGUAAUGGCGAAAUUAUGAUAACAGGGAUUUAUAACUCGUUAUUCAACAUGCUCUUUACGAAAAAGAAAGAUCUUGUUCCUCAUGGAGGCAAAGUACUAGAGAUACAUUUAGAAAAUGAAUUGCCGUAUUUUAAAGUGAAAUGUGAUUCUUUCAUUACAGACAAAACUGCAACUGUUGUGUAUCACAUUAGAGAGGAUAAAGAUAGUGUUGACACGGAAUGGGAAACUCUGUCUUCAGAUGGAUGGAAGUUGAUACUCACAAUGCGAGGACUGUUGAACAGAAACAUUCGACAAUACAAGAUGAGUAGAGAUCAAUUGAAAAAGCAUAGUUUCGUAUUAGGAAUGAUUACAAACAAGAAAAUUAUUCACUGCUUUGUGUUGCAAGCGAAAUUUGAUGAAAACAUGAAUAUUUCCUAUCAUUUAAGCAAGUAUACGUUUGGUGUGGAUACUUGUGAUGAUUUAAUUCCAUUAGUAAUGUUUCUUUGCCAAUAUAUCCGAGACUACAUUCCUGUGCGUACAUGGCUGUCCAAAGAAAACGUGGAAGUGGGUCAUACUUCGCUCAAGAGCCCUCAAAAGCUUGUGUCAGUUGCUUCUACUGUAUUUAGCUCUACUUCUCGACACGCCUAUCAAUUAAUACAUGGAAAACCUGUCAGGAGAGUGCACGACUCAGGCAAUGGCAAGUUAUUAAUUGCCAAAACAAUCAGUGUAUGGAAAUUAACGGAUUCCACAGAAAAUUAUAUCUACCAAACCUUACUUCGAACAAAUUACUGUCAAUACCUUCCAAGUAUUUUAUCUUAUCACAGUGACGCUGUUGAAUUGGAACAUUUGAGAGAAAUUAAUACUCACACAUCUUGGGAAGAAAGUUCUAUUCUUGCAUUACUGUCAGAUGUGACAAGUGCAUUGAGAUUUCUUCAUGAACACAAUAUUUUACACAGAGAUGUAAAACCUACCAACAUUUUACUUAGGGAAGGAGAAGGUGAAUUUUUCUGCUUUGUACUUGCAGAUUUCAAUCUCUCAUGCCAUUUUCAAAGAAUUCAACACCAAAACAAAGAGGUCUUGCUUGAUUUGAACAGUAACAAAAUUAUUAAUGAGAAAUGUGGAACUGGAGCGUUUUGGGCACCUGAAGUUGAGAAUGGAGAGAGUUACAAUGAAAAGAUUGACAUCUAUUCUUUGGCUCUCACUGUCCUCUAUUUGUUAAAUCCUUCACUAUUUCAUGAAACAAGGCUGUUAACCAAAGAUUACCAUGGCAUGCUUAACACUCUACAAAUGAAUAUUGGGCUGCAACUUCUCUUAGGCGAAAUGCUUGAGACAGAGCCUUCUAAGCGACCCUCUGCACAUGAAAUUGAGACUAGAUUGUCCAGCCUCAUGUCAGUGAACGAUGAGUGA